AUGGGAUCAUUACUCAGUUGCUGUGAGUCGGAAAAGGUUGAAGAAGCUGCAGGGUUUGCAGUGGGCGGAGGGAAUAGCACUCCAUGGAGAAUUUUCACAUACAAGGAGCUGCAUGCCGCCACUAAUGGCUUCAGUGAGGAUUACAAGCUCGGAGAAGGAGGGUUUGGAAGUGUCUACUGGGGCAAAACAUCCGACGGUCUCCAGAUAGCAGUAAAGAAAUUGAAGUCCAUGAAUUAUAAGGCUGAAAUGGAAUUCGCGGUAGAAGUUGAAGUUCUUGGAAGGGUACGCCACAAGAAUCUACUAGGUCUGAGAGGUUACUGUGCCGGAGAUGAUCAACGCCUCAUUGUUUAUGAUUACAUGCCGAAUCUCAGUUUGCUUUCUCAUCUACAUGGCCAAUUUGCUGGAGAAUCUCAACUCGAUUGGAAACAGCGCAUGAAGAUUGUCCUCGGCUCCGCUGAAGGCCUACUGUACUUGCAUCAUGAGGUGACACCGCAUAUUAUUCACAGAGACGUCAAGGCUAGUAAUGUGCUUUUGGACUCAAAUUUCGAGCCAUUAGUGGCUGAUUUUGGGUUUGCUAAGCUGAUCCCAGAAGGUGUUAGCCACAUGACAACACGCGUAAAAGGCACUUUGGGCUACCUGGCACCGGAAUAUGCAAUGUGGGGAAAAGUUUCAGAGAGUUGUGAUGUGUACAGUUUCGGAAUUCUACUGCUAGAAAUUGUCACCGGAAGAAAGCCUAUUGAGAAACUCCCCGGUGGUAUUAAGCGAACCAUCACAGAGUGGGCUGAGCCAUUGAUAACCAAAGGAAGGUUCGAAGAUCUGGUGGAUCCGAAGCUACGGGGAAAUUUUGAUGAAAAUCAAUUAAUUCAAACAAUUAAUAUUGCUGCGCUGUGUGUUCAAAGUGAGUCCGAGAAGCGGCCCACAAUGAAGGAAGUUGUUGGAUUAUUAAAAGCGUACGAGCCAAAGACAAAGCCAAUGAGAAUUAAAAGUGUAAGGUAUGGAGAAGAUUUAAUGACUCUUGAUCAGGCUAGUGAUGAGGAUAAUAGUAUUAACGAAGAUGAAAGCAGUGCAUAUGGCGUAUUUGGUGCGUUAGAGUCGCAGAAGAUGAACGACCCUUGCAAACGUUAUGGUGACAGAAGAAUGAGCAAACAUAUAUGA